UGCGGACCUCUCGUUCCCCGGGGAAGCCGAGCGCGGAGCUCCCGGCCGGCAGCGGGAGGAGCCGCCGUGGCGGGGGGUUCCCGUUCCCCCGGGGGAUCGCGGUGCUGGAGCGCCAGGCGUGAGCCUCACGGUGGGGGCUGUAGCAGUGCAGACAGAGGACUCCUGGGGACAGUGUGACUGUGAAGAUGUCUAAGCCAGAAUCCCGUUAUUCUUUUGAUGUCCCGAACAUCUGCAUUGAUUUUGCAACUCUGAAUGAGGAUGAUGUGCACAAUGCAGACUCCUGGUUUGAUGAAAAAGCCAAUCUGGAGAAUGUCCCUCCUGCAGAAAAUCUGGCAAAGGUCUCACACUGCAGCCCUGCUUUUUCAAAGCCUGAUGUUAUUCUGUCUUCUGUCCCUUCACAAGACGUAGCAAUGAAUGAGCUGACACUUGCCCCUUUCUCAGGUGAAAGUGAAGGUGAAGCAGAAUGUGCCCAGGGCAACACGGUCCCUCUGAAUAUCGUUGGGUCCCUGGCAACCUGGAGAGCUGCUGCCCCUGCAGAGGCCCCUCAGAGGCCGGGCAGGAGACUGGCUACAAAGCAGGGCAAGACCCAGCAGCGCAAGCAGCCAGGCAGAAUCAAAGCAGAGAGAAUUGCUAAUGCCCUGGAAAAUAAGGAAGAUGUUCCACCCUUGAAGAAAAUGAGACUUUCUGGUAGCAGAGAGAAGGCAACAGAAGCAUCCACAAAGAAAGAGCCCCUGCAGGAUCCUGACCUCUCUCCAGGGAGAGGGAAAAGCAAACAGACCAUGCCCUCCACGCCAACAGUGUUGAAGAGGACCAAACCUUCUAGCAAGCCAAAGAGUACAGAGGAGCAGGAGCUGGAAAAGAUGCAGCAGUUGCAGCAGGAGGUUAUUGAGCUGCGGAAGAAGAACGAGGAGUCUCUGAAAGCAGCUAUUGCUGGAGCAGGACAACCCAUAAAGAAACCUGUUGGUCAAGUAACAAAGCCAAUUAAUUUCCACUUCUGCACGGAGAAUAGAAUUAAACAGAAUGUAGAAAGCCAGCCUGGGAACGAGUACAAGGAGCUGGAUUUUGCAGCAGUCCUGAGGAAGCAUCCCCCUUCUCCGGUGCGAAUGCCAAAGGGACACACUGUCCCCAAACCUUUCAAUCUGUCCCAGGGAAACAAAAGAAAACUUGAAGAAGCCACAACAGAAUAUGUGUCCUUUGCUGAGCAGGUAGAAGCAUUCCAAAAACGGACACCCCCUCGUUACCAUUUGAGGAGCAGGAAAUCUGAGGAAGGCUCAGUUUCAAGAAAGCUGGCGAAGGCUCGGCCCACACAGCCCAAAACGCCAGUGCUGCGAACAAAGCAGCGCUUGAGACCUGUCACCUGCAAAACUGCUGCAGAGCUAGAAGCAGAGGAAGUAGAGAAAAUUCAACAGUACAAAUUCAAAGCACGAGAAGUCAAUCACAAAAUCUUUGAGGGUGGGCCACUCCUGCCCAAGAAACCCCCUGUGAAGAAGCUCACCCAACCCAUUGGCUUUGAGCUGGAAAUAGAAAAAAGGAUUCAGGAGCGUGAGAGUAAGAAGCAGCAGGAGGAGGAGCGCUUCGAAUUCCAUUCCAGGCCAUGUCCCACAAAAAUCCUGGAGGAUGUUGUGGGUGUUCCAGAGAAGAAGGCACUUCCUGUGACAGUGCCCAAGUCUCCAGCCUUUACCUUGAGAAGCAGGACCCGUGUGUCUGGCAGAGAGGAAGAAAAGGAAAAAGAGGAGGUGGCUGUGAUCAAAGCUAAUCCUAUGCCACAUUAUGGAGUGCCCUUCAAACCCAAAAUGCCAGAGCAGAGGCACGUGGAAGUUUGCCCCUUCUCUUUUGAUGCCCGGGACAGAGAGCGGCAAAUACAAAAAGAGAAAAAAAUAGAAGAACUACAGAAGGAAGAGGUGCCAAAGUUCAAAGCGCUGCCUCUGCCUUACUUCGACCAAGUGAAACUGCCAGAAAAGAAGGUCAAAACCCCAACUCAGCCUGAACCAUUCCAUCUGCAGGUGGAUGAACGGGGAGCUGCCAAGCUCCAGAGCUGGAAACAGCAGCUUGAAGAAGACUUGAAAAGGCAGAGAGAGGCAGCAUGUUUUAAAGCUCGUCCCAACACAGUGGUGUACCAGGAGCCUUUUGUGCCCAAAAAGGAACACAGGAUGCUAUCAGAGAGCCUUUCUGGUUCUGUAGUUCCUGAAAGCUUUGAGCUGGCAACAGAAAGACGAGCAAAAGAACGGCAAGAAUUUGAAAAGCGAUUGGCAGACGCAGAAGCCUUAAGGGAGAAGUAUGAGGAGCAGAUCAGGCAGCAACAAGAGGAGCGUGAAAAGGAAGAAGUUGCUAAGCUAAGACAAGAAAUGGUUCACAAGGCAAACCCAAUACGCAAAUACCGCAGCCUGGAAGUGAAGACCAGUCAUCAACCACUGACUGUGCCAAAGUCUCCCAACUUCUCAGACAGAUUCCGAUGCUGAUGAGCAUCCACGUGACAACUGCUGGGAGAUCCCAUCCCUCUCCACUCCCUUGGGAGGAGAGAGGGAGCAAUUGUUUUUCCAUGACUGCUCAGACUGAACUCCUAUGCUUGGUUCCAUUGCUGCACUGAGUAGUUAAACUCCACCUGAGCCCAUGGCAUUUCAGCAGUGCCUCCUGGCCCUGCUGUGUAUCCAGACCCCAUCUUCUCUAGAGACUAAACCAAGUUUUGAUAUUGCAUACAGAUAUUGUGUACCUAACUAAAUAAAAUUCCUAAUCUGG